ACCGCUGCCACAGGAAUAUCCAGGGGCUGCCAGCAGGAUUCUCAGCUUUGCAAUGAAGCCGUCUCUGUUACUGUGGCUGGAGGGUAUUUUACGAGGACCGUUUCCAAAUGCUGCAUGACAGAAAACUGCAAUAAUACUCCCCUUGAAUUACCACCCAAGAACCUCACCAAGAAUGGAGUGAAUUGUCCCACUAGUUUUGCACUUGGCUCUAACCACUUAGAAGAACCCGGGACUCUGAGUUGCACAGGAGAUGAAAAUAAUUGCAUCUCUGCGGCCGGGGAGCUAACUGCAGGAGAUGCUGCCGCUCUUCCCUUUAUAGCAUCAGGCUGUGCCUCAGCAACUGCCUGCAAUUUGCCUGUGCAGACGUACCUCGUUACUGGAGCCAUGGACUUCCUCCUGAAGAAAAUCAAGUGCAGCCCAUCCCCAGCCACCAACAGCGGCUGAAAGGAGCAGGCGGAAGCAACUUUCUUCACUUUUUGCAGGGUCACUGUGAUUCUUUGUCAUUCCCUGCUGUGAAUUCUUUGAAUAAACUAGCAUGAAAAAGAA